ACCGGUUAAGAAAUCCUAAGCUACACAACAAUCACCACCACCACCACAGUCGCGACGGAGUUAAACACCAUUUGAAGAAGAAGAAGAAGACGAUCGGAGAAGAGAAGAGAGAGAGAGAGAGAGAGAGAGAGAGAGAAAGGGUCAAAAGCGUCGAGAAAUCGAAGAUGGGAGGAGGUAUGGAAACGAACAAGAACAAGUUCAUCGAGGAUUGGGGAUCCGCUAGAGAGAACCUCGAGCACAAUUUCCGUUGGACCCGUCGCAACUUCGCUCUCAUCGGAAUCUUCGGCAUCGCUCUCCCUAUCAUUGUAUACAAGGGGAUCGUCAAAGACUUCCAUAUGCAAGAUGAGGAUGCAGGCAGACCCCACAGGAAGUUCCUCUGAGGUUGUUUGCAAGAAGACUCUCUGCAAUAAGUCUCAGCAAUGCGAAAUUCCAAGACGAGGGUGCUUUUGGUUUACAGUUUAAUCAACAUCUCAAGGAUAUAAUUUCUUUUUUGGACAAGUUUGUUAAUGACUACACUUGUUUGCAAAUAAUAAAACUCGAGUUUUCCCUUUA